AUGUCUGAAGAUGUUGAGUCACAAGUGAUCACCAAGAUUAAAGAAGCCAAUGUCUUUGCAUUCCAACUGGAUGAGUCAACUGACAUCACUGGAAAAGCUCAACUCCUAGCAUUCAGCAGGUUUGUUUGUAAUGAAGAAUUCAUUGAACAAUUUUUAUUUUGCAAAAUACUUCCAGAAACAACAAAAGGCCAAGACAUUUUUGAUGUUGUCAACACUUAUUUCACUUCUUACAAUUUGUCUUGGGAAUCAUGCAUCAGCAGCUGCACAGAUGGUGCUCCAUCUAUGUCGGGAAGAGUGAAAGGAUUUGUUGCACUAGCCAAGCAAAAGAACCCUGCCAUUGUUUUUACACAUUGUUUCCUUCACAGAGAGGCCCUCAUUUCAAAAUCAGUAGUACCUGAGCUGCAAAAAGUACUGGACGAGACAAUAAAAAUGGUCAACUACAUCAAGAGUAGGCCAUUAAAAUCAAGGUUGUUUUCAGUACUAUGUUCUGCCAUGGAUGCUGCUCACACUCAACUCCUACUGCACACAGAUGUGAGGUGGCUAUCUCGAGGGCGGGUGCUUUCAAGAUUCUAUGAAUUUAGAGAAGAGCUCAUAAUUUUUUUUACUUCUGAAAAUUCUGAGAUGGCUGACCGGCUUAGUGAUGAGACCUGGUGCAAUAAAGUUGCCUUUCUAGCGGAUAUCUGCCAAGCCUUGAAUACUCUUAACAAGAGUAUACAGGGAAAGAAUGAAAAUAUUCUUACUUGUACUGACAAAAUUACCACUUUCAAGGAAAAAUUAACAUUGUGGGGAGCCAGAAUAAAAAAAGACAACAAAGUUGAGAUGUUUGAGCUGACUAAAAGUUGCAGACUUGACAAAAAUCUUGUUAAUUUAAUUCUACAAAGUUUGUUACUGCUGAGUAACAACAUUGACAAGUAUUUCCCAUCACUUGAUAUUUCUUCCUUGGACUGGGUGAGAGAUCCAUUUGUGCCAAGUGCAUAUGCGUCGGCCGAACUAAGUGUUGCAGAAGAAGAUGAGCUGGCAGAAAUAAGGAAUGACAGAGGGCUGAAAUUAAAGCACUCAUCAACAGAUAUGGCCUCAUUCUGGUUGUCUCUCCGACAAGAAUUCCCCAUGGUCACAAAAAAGGUGAUUGAAGCACUCCUUCCUUUCUCAACAUCGUAUCUGUGUGAGGCUGGCUUUUCUGCUAUGAACACCAUGAAGUGUAAGAACAGGUCACGGCUUCAAUCAUUGGAGGAGGACUUGAGGUUAUGCUUGUCAACCAUCCGUCCUCGGACAAGAGACAUCAUGAGACAUCACCAAGCACAGGUUUCCCACUGA